AUAAGCGUUCCUUAGCAACGACAACUGUUGUAAUGGCGGCCUAGUCAAAGCUAACAGACAUCUAUCAGGCGGAAUACUCCGCCAUGGACGGCGACGACCUCGACGACUUGUUGGACGAAGUGGAAAAAAAGUUUUGCCGCAACGUUUCCGUCACAGUCGACAGACCUGUGAGCUCCGAAAAGGAUAGAAAGUGCGAGCAGGACAAACAUGGCACAAACAAGGAGAGCACACAUGGCGAGCAGACAGGCAACAUCACUGAGGACAUUGACGCUCUCCUGGAAGAAUUAAAGGAGGAAGACCACGGAGAUUCCCCUUUAAAAAGGAUUGAGCAGCUUCCUAAAGCACGUCGAGCAGAGCAGAUGCCACCUUGUCAAUUCGGAGGGAGAAAGUGCUGUCCCGUCUUCCUGGGAGGGAGCGCCAUCCCUAACGGAGUGGGAACAGCCACAUCCAAAAGCAGGUCAUGUGACCAACUGAGAUGUACGUCCUGCGACUUCCGGGUGCUGACGUUUGACGACUGGGAGUGGGACCCGUCUUGUGAUUACCUUUUCCUGCGGAACAACAUGCCGGACCACGACAGGCUCCGAGCCAAAUUGCGGAAGAGGAGCGGGGUCCGUGCGUACGCCUGCCAGUGCAGCUGGUUCUCCGCGUUCUCUCUGGACGCCACGGACGUCCUGCUGCAGCCUCAGCUCAGAUGGGUGUGUGGCAAACACCUGGACUGA